GUGCGAAGCGAGAGAUUGAACGUAGCGCGUCUAGACGAACGAGAUAAAAAGAGAGAAGGAGGGUGAAGCAGACAAAACGGGUCAAAGGUGCACGGAGAAGAAGUUACAUGUGAUGAUAGUGAUGCGAAUAAUGGUAGUCAGCAUGACGGUCGACGUCUGCGAUGCAACGUGAUCGAGCAGCCAGCAGAGCUUACGCGCGCACCGAAUCGCCGAGGACCGAAAUCGCGAAGAAGAGGACCAUCGAUGGUCGCUAAGCGGUGGGAGGAGGACGCGGUAGAGUUUUCGGCCACGAAGAAGAGGGGGGAAGAUCGACGUUGAACGGCGGCUCCAAUAAGUAGGAAGGGCGUGUGACGGCCACGGGUAGAUACCAAAGAAACCGACGUGCACGUGGAUUAGUGACGAUGACCCUUUCGCGAAAUCAAAAGUGUACCGGUUCUAGUUACUAAACAAGUAGUUGGUGCCGGUCAUAUUUAUUCAGAGCGUGCAGCACUUCCGGCACGCUACCUCACACUUCUGGUCAUACGUAAAUAAAAGUCAAAUCAAAUAUAUGCGUAUUAUACACACUAAACGUAGUUAAACCACCGCAAGUGAUGCUGAAGAUGUAUCGGGGAACGACAUUAAUCCUGCUGUGUCUUUCGAUGACGCUAUCGUACUCGGAGUUAUUCAGCAACGAGAAACUCAGGCAGUACGCCAAGAUUCUCAGAUUUAACACAUUAAAUGUCAACGAGACCGGAAACGAGCUCUGGCACGGGCUCUUCAAGGACUGCAAGAAGAGAGUGACGUUUUCUUGUAUACAAAAAAAUGCGUACACGUAUCUCGAUAAUGUAUUCAUCGAAAGGGACAAUAUCACCGUCUUCGACGGUCUUAUACUUACGAAGAACAAUAUCACUUAUGACACGUGUCCUAAGACAGAAAGUCGUAACGAUGUUCGCGAGAACCUCAUAGAUGUCGAUACGAAUGACUGUGAGGAACAAGUCGGAGAAAGAAGGACGCAAGGUCGAACGUUUGGUGACAGAUCGCCGCUUGAGGAGAUUACGAACGCUCUGCGACGAAAAACAGUGAAAUUUUUGUCAACUCGUAAUUAUGAAAUUCAACUUCCGCAGUUUUUCUUCGAAGGUGCCACGAUGAAAAUAAGUCCGCGCGAGGUAGACGAGGACGGCGCUCUCCUUAGGAUAGACUUCGGUACCAGUGGUGUACAAGAGCAGGGGCGCAUUUUUAAGAAAAUCAAGAAGUUCAUACAGAACAAAUUGUUGACCAGCUUCCUGGCGCUUCUUCUAAUUAUCAAGCUAAUUAAAGUCAAGUUUCUGUUUAUAAUCCCGUUCCUCUUCGGCGUGGGCGCUGCCAAGAAACUUUUCUUAAAACUGCUGCUCUUCUUCAUACCUGCGUUCGCUCACAUAUUCAAGCUCUGCUCGAGCUAUUAUUCGCACCACGGCACCAAGUUCCAUCAUCAUCACCAUCAGAUAGCGCAUCACCAUCAUCACGUGCCGGUUCCGGUGGCAGUCCCAACGUAUUACGACCACCACUCCGAGCCUCAUCAUAGCUUGGAUGGUUACGCCGACGAUUACGCCCAUCCUCAAGUUCAAUACCGGAAGGAUAUGGAGGAACUGAAGGAAUGGGGCAUCGAGCCUCAGAACGAACCCUACGAGGAAUCCAGUCAGUCUAUAAAUCGCGUAGUCCCGGCCCCGACUUCAGUUUCGGGACUUGUGUAUUCGGGUCCGUACGGACUGCCUCAAUACGCGCCAAACGUGAAGCCGAUCGCGUCGUCCUAUCUGGACAAUUCGGUGGCGGCCGGUGCUCACAAUUUGGCAUAUUCCGCGUACCGACGACCCGCACUGCAGCCAAAUCCCGCCGCUGUACUUUCGAUCAAUCCGGGCCUCGUGUCCGGUGCGAAAGCACCGAUGAAGAACCCUUACGCGGUCUUUGCGCCGAACAUACGCCCGAUUCACCAUCAGCCUCAAAGGUUCUUGACACCCGUCGCACCUGCCAAGAGUCCCUCCGUAUCGAUAUCACGACAAGACACGGAAGACGACUAUUACGGGCCUAUAAUUGCUCGGCUAGAGGAUAUCUUCGAGCAGCUGAGGUUCUACGAAGAGUCGUGUAGAGAGAUGCUCGUUUGCAGCAUGUACAAAAAUCCGGCGGGCUAUUCGCCGCACAGUAAUCUGGUGUCCAACGAACUUUCCAGAGAUCCACAGGAACUGAGGCGUGAUAUAACGGGAAGUACGUCCAGCCAAAAGUUCUACAGAUACAUGAACGCAGCCAGAUACGGUCAAGACGGUGGAGAUUGCCUCAAGACGUAUCCCUGUCACAGUAAUAUUGAAUAAAUGUCCCGUAACGCGAAAUUUAUAGCAACUCGCAUAAUCCGCGAGUAAAUUAUAACGGACACUACAAUCCCGUUUGUGUACAAUGCUGCUGGACAUAUAUAUUUGCUCAAUGAGGCCGAAGAAAUUACAUUAGAAGCUCAGCGUCGUAACGUUGCGUAAUAUCACUAUAAGAAACAACGAUCUACUGCCAUGCAUUAAUUUAUGAAUACAUAUAUGAGACGUGCGUGAAGUCGUGUCAACUCUAAUUUUCCUAUUAGCAAAGACAUUGAGGUGCCCUGCGAACAGACGCGCACUCGUCGUACUAAUUCUAGCAAUUAAUUUUUUAGUUAAUCAAAUGCCGACCAACACAUUCAAUGUAACAUUUUAUUGUAAUUCACGCCAAUUCUCUUCAAAUUUAAUCAUCACAUUUAGCAAGGAGUACAAUCGGUGAAUUUUGUGAUGGCGUGUCGAAGUUUCCGUAGUUUUUUUGACGCGUUGUCACAAAGAUUACUGUCUCCAAGAAUAUCAUUGUUAGGUAAUAAGAUAUGAUGUUGGAUUAUGUGGCAUUUCAUAGGUUAAGCGAGCGUCAUAAGUUUUAGAUUAUGUAAUUAAAAAAUCAUGGUGUUUUAAGAAAUAAUGAGGGAAAUUGUACUAAUUUAAUUGAUUCAUAUCUGGAAAGUACGAAUAACUUAGAAAUUAAAAGAAUAUUUUUAUUUUUGAAACGCAAUAUGACACAUAACUUUUCUUUAAUAUUUAUUUACAAAACAUUUAACAAAUUAGAACAUUUUAUAAUAACUUAGUCUUUUUCAUGAUUACAUGCAAUAGCAUAAAAGAUAUUUAGAUGCCGUAAUAAAUUAAAAAUAUGUUAAAGACAUAUUGCAUUUUUGCAUGAUACGUGUGAUGUUAUAUAAAAGGUAGUGUUUAGUAUUUAAGGACUGCUUAAUUUUGUUAAAUAAUUAAUUGCUGUUAUAUAUUCGGGUGCCAUACCCAAUAAAUGUUAUUUAAACUUUAUCUUAAAUCUUUUAAUUAUUCAAAUAUCGCAAAAACGAUAUAGAAAAUGAACUUUUAAUCAAUUAUGUGGCCUGACCGUGUAUAUUAAUAUAUGUA